AUGGCAUCGUCGUCGACGCGGACGAGAAAGACCUCGCUGGGUCGACGUCCGGCUGGCUUCGACCUUGGAGCAGACGUAGGUGCAGGGUCCAGUGCAGGAGGCUCGUCUUCUCGGAGUAGCGCGCGACAUGACUACCCCGGGACGCCAUCCUCGUCGUCGGCCCGACGACAGGCGCUUCUCUAUGGGCCACAGGAGGAUCGAGUCGUACUCGACAUCGGGACGAGGUGCACUAAGGUUGGCUUCGCGGGGGAAGCCAGACCACGAGUGGUUCUUGACUCUGUGAGGGCGGCGACGAGGGCAAGCGAAAGUCUUCCUCACGACGGCUAUGGAAGGGAAGCGCAAGACGACAUUUGCUUGUGGGGGCCCGACAUUCUGCACUGUCGGGACCAAGAGGAGAGAUCAAAGAGAAAGGCCAGGCUCAGUGCUAGGCUCACACUUCUACUGCGAGAAGUCUACAUAACUCAUCUCAUGAUUGAGCCGAAAUCGCGAGGCGUGAUCCUCGUCGAAAGUCCGCUCAUGCCGAAUGUCGUGCGCAAGACACUUUGCGACGUCCUCUUUGGUAAUCUUCAGGUGCCUUCGGUCUCAUUCAUGCCCGCCCACUUGCUCAGCACUCUUGCGGUCGGUCGAAUGGCAGGCCUUGUCAUCGACAUGGGCCACCACGAAGCCACCCUGGUUCCUGUCCACUCCGGUCGCCCAAUGGUCCCACAACAUCUUCGAACGACGCCGAGAGCCGGCAAAAGGCUUCAAGCUCGGCUCAAGUCCCUCCUCCUUCACUUCGGCCACUAUUAUCCACCGUUCACCCCGUCUUCUGGGUCUUCAUUCGGCCAGGGGUCUGCUUCAUCGUCUUUGGCGUCAGGAGCGGGCCCCUCUCGAAGGACAAAGAUUCCGGAAAGGAUUCUGACAGAAGGCUUCUUGCAAGAUAUCAGCGCAAAGGCGCUUCUCGUGGGCAAUCCUGUCAAGGACCAAGACGUACAAGUGGCUCUCGACGGCAGCGACGACGAAGAGGCCUACAUGCAACAACUUGCGGAGAGAUACGGCUCAGAAGGGAUCCAAGCAACAGACUUGACCAUUCAAGUGCCUGCAUCCUCGCGACCACCAAUCCAUCCUCCUCAGCAGCCUUCGACUUUGAGCUUCGCCACAGUCCAAACGGCUCGAGAGGCACGAGGCAGCAUCGUCGUCCCUGGUUGGAUUCGCGAGCGGGCGUGUGAGGUCUUCUUUGAGCCGGGAGAUGAAGACGAGGCGAGCAUCGUCGAAAUGGUCCUCGAGUCCCUGGUCAAGCUGCCCAUUGACACGCGCACUGCCCUCGCGGGCAGCAUCUUCGUUGUGGGUGGUACGGCCAUGGUUCCCAAUUUCGCACAUCGCCUUCGCAUCGAAGUCGUCCGCGCUUUGGCCAAGGCAGAUCAAUCUCUCGACGGAGCUGUGCCCAGUGUCGCAUUGAGCAUGGCCCGCAUUGGUCCGCGGUGGGAUUCGGUCAAAGUUUCGAAGCAGAAAGAGGCCACCUCAGCCUCUUUGGUGGCAGCAGCGACGGGGGCAGUGGAAGGGGACGAGAGCUUUCAGUCGGCGCACGAAGGCGAUGAAGAGGCACCGGCUGCCGCCGACGAGAGCUUUGUCAUCACGGCAGCUAAUGAGCAGCUAUCAGACGAGGGACAGAUCGAAGAGCUGCGCAAGUCAACAUCGUCCCUGUCCCUUGUCGAAUGUAAGCGGUACCACCGCUUUGCGCCGCUCUCGUCGCUCGCACAUCACGUCGCUGUCCUCAACGAUCAUGCGCCUCGAAUUGCAUCCGAUGGCUCGGCAGUCGGGGGCACUGCACCAUCAUUGCCACUGCAGCUCGUCCCCUGGAUCGGCGCCUCGCUCAUCGGAAGCUUGCGAUCCGUUGAUUCGGCCCAGGUCGUGCUUCGCGAAGCGUGGGAUCAAGCCCAGGCCGAUCAGCGAGAGAUCGUCGCUAGGUCAGCGCGCCAAGGACAGCCGCAAAAGGAUGUGGAGCUUCCCACAUCACCCACACCGUCGUCUUCCUUUGCCUCUCGGCCAGGCUAUGGAGCACAGCGCGGGAGCUUCCUGGGCGUCGUUCAUGGUCUCGAUCUCGGAUCUUAUGGCCCGCUCAGUGCAAAGCAGCGCUUCGGCAGCGGGCUCGGCUCGCCUCCAGCCCCUUCUUCGUCGUCUUCAAUGGGAAGAUGAUUGUCUUCUUUCUUUUGGCUGUGCAUGUCAUGCAAGUAAAUACAAUCGAUACCAUUC